CAUCCCUGGAGAGGAAACAAUGGCAAUCUCAUCUCCCCUUUUGCUCUCCCUCUUCGUCCUUGUGCUUCCUAUCGUACCUAAUUCGCUUGCUCAAUCCAACAGUAAUAUAACCCUGGGCUCCACCCUCACCCCGGUCGGUGGCACCACCUCCUGGCCCUCCCCCUCCGGGGACUUCGCCUUCGGCUUCCGCCCCCUCGACACCGACCCCAACCUCUUCCUCCUCGCCAUCUGGUUCGACAAGAUACCCAACAAGACCACUGUUUGGUACCCCGGCGGCACCCAGCCAGUACAGCCGGUACAGUCCGGAUCCAAACUGCAGUUCACUUCCGACGGGUACCUCUCCCUCGUGGACCAAGCUGGUCAAGAGGUAUGGACCGGCGGAACGAGUAGCACCGUCACCUACGCCGCCAUGCUCGACACAGGCAACUUCGUGCUCGCCAACUCUGACGGGUCUUUCUCAUGGCGGAGUUUUGACCAUCCCUCUGACACCGUGUUGCCUUCCCAAGUACUCGGCCUGGGUAGCGUGCUCCAAGCCCGGCUAAUGGAUACCAACUAUUCGGCCGGGAGGUUUAUUCUCAACGUCCAACAGGAUGGAAAUCUCGUGUUCUACCCCGUCGUGCAGCCCUCGGGAUACUCGUACGAUCCAUACUGGGCAAGCAGCACCGUUGGGAACGGAACGCAGUUGGUCUACAACGAGACGGGCAGCAUCUACCUGGCUCUCGCGAACGGCAAAAACUUCCAAGUUGUCUCCGCGGGGAGCAAGCCGAUGUCUAUGUUCUACCAAAGAGCAACACUUGAUCCGGACGGGGUCCUCCGGCAAUAUGUGUAUCCAAAGAACGGCACAAACAGAGGGUGGUCGGUGGUGGACCUCCAACCUCCGGACAUCUGUCAGGCGAUGUUCACGAAAACUGGGAGUGGCGUCUGCGGGUUCAACAGCUUCUGCAAGUUAAACGGGAAUCAGAGCGUGGAUUGCGAGUGCCCGCCUCACUAUUCCUUCCUGGAUCCGAGCCGAAAAUAUAAAGGUUGUAUGCCCAAUUUCCCGGUGCAGAAUUGUUAUGCAGAGGGGACAGAGGCGGAUCAGGGAUUGUUCGACAUGGUUGAGCUGAAAAAUGUAGAUUGGCCUUUGGCAGAUUAUGAGCAUUACCAACCCCUCAGUAAUGACCUCUGUCGGAACAAUUGCUUGAGCGAUUGCUUUUGCGCUGUUGUGGUGUAUAAUGAUCAGGACUGCUGGAAGAAGAAGCUCCCCAUGUCCAAUGGAAAGGUCGGCAAUUACGUCCAAAGAACACUUCUAAUCAAAGUACCCAAAGGGAACACUUCACAGAUACAACCAACAAUGAGCAAAAAGAAUGAUAAAAAGACUUGGAUCUUGGUGGGUUCUGUGCUUUUAGGGAGCUCUGCAUUUGUAAACCUUCUUCUCAUCUCCAUAAUCAUUUUCAUCUCCUUCUACCCCUCCCACAUGCGAAGGAAUGAGAAGCCAGGUCCUGACCCGAGCACGAUUGGGCUUGGUCUCCGCUGCUUUACCUACGGAGAGCUCGAGAAAGCGACAAACGGGUUCAGUGAGGAGGUCGGCAGCGGGGCCUCCGGUGUGGUAUACAAAGGAUACUUGCAUGGCGAAGGCGACACUUGUAUCGCAGUCAAGAAAAUUGACAAGGUCUUACGUGAGACCGAAAAGGAGUUCGCCGUUGAAAUGCAGACGAUCGGGAAGACCCACCACAAGAACCUCGUCCGACUGCUCGGGUAUUGCAAUGAAGGAAAAGAGCGGCUUCUAGUCUACGAGUUCAUGAGCAACAGAUCAUUGACGGAAUUCCUUUUCAAAGGUCCGAGGCCUGAUUGGAACCGUCGAGUCCAGAUAGCACUAGGGGUCGCAAGGGGCCUGCUCUACUUGCAUGAAGAGUGCAGCACUCAGAUCAUCCACUGUGAUAUAAAGCCUCAAAACAUACUCCUUGACGGAAACUUUGUCGCGAAGAUCUCGGACUUCGGCCUGGCAAAGCUUCUUAAGACGGACCAAACUCAGACGAACACCGGCAUCAGAGGGACUCGAGGGUACGUUGCGCCCGAGUGGUUCAGGAACUUGGGAAUCACAUCCAAGGUGGACGUCUACAGUUUUGGGGUCAUUUUACUGGAAAUCAUAUGUUGCAGAAGGAACGUGGAAGCAGAGAUUGAAGAUGAGGAGAAGGCAAUACUGACAUACUGGGUGAACGACUGCUACAGAGAAGGGAAGGUGGAAUUGGUGGUGGAUGGCGACGAAGAAGCCAUGGCCGACAUGAAGAGGGUGGAGAAGUUCGUAACGGUGGCCUUGUGGUGCGUACAAGAGGAGCCAUCGUUGAGGCCUACAAUGCUAAAGGUAACGCAGAUGCUCGAUGGAGCCACUGACGUUCCCAUGCUCCCUGAACCUUCCUACAAUUUCAAUUUAGUCCGGUAACUAAGCACAAGCUGUAGAUAUUUGGUGCUACUUCUGCUAUCGCCUGAAAUGUCUCAGAGUUAGAGCUAACUAUAAUCAUGAGGGCUUCAAUAUUAAGACAUGAAUGGUACGAUCAAGUCUUGAAUAAAUGCAAAGUAGGUCGGGUUAAUUAAGCAUCCUUUAGCUGCUUCUGAUCUAGAAUGUAAUGAAAGCUAGUACUAUGUUGUGUUUUUUUCCAAUAUCAGUAAAUUUGCUUGUUAGAUCUUA